UGUAUCUCUCAUUCUUGCGAUUUUUGGGAUGGAAGUACGGGGUGCGGCAAACAUAGACAGUUGUAAAGAGAUGUUGCAGAGCUUACUAACAGGACAACCUUCUUCAGAAACAACAGAAAGAAGCGUGGUUUACACGCGAUGGGGAAAGAAAACGUGUCCUUCAAAUGCCGAGCUAGUUCUUUCAGGUUACACUGGAGGUUCAUGGUAUACCAACACGGGUGCAGCGGUUGAUACUCUUUGUUUACCGAGGGAUCCAGAAUGGGGAAACUACAGGGAUGGAUCUGAUGGGCAUAAAGCGUAUGUAUUUGGUGCAGAAUACCAAACAUAUGAUUCCCUUGGCAACCUUCGGAAACUUCACGAUCACGAUGUACCAUGUGCAGUCUGUUUUCGUCGAAAUAGAUCAGUUGUAAAGAUGUUUCCAGCUAGAAAAACGUGUUACAAAGGAUGGAAGUUAGAAUACCAUGGUUACUUAAUGGCUGGAUAUCCUGACCAUUCAGCCGGUACAAUGUACACCUGUAUUGACGAGCAUCCAGAUACCUUACAUGGGGGUCAUGCAGAUAAAGAUGGUAAACUUUUCUAUUUCGUAGAGGCUCGAUGUGGUUCCUUGAAGUGCCCACCUUAUGUGGAAGGAAGAGAACUCGUGUGUGCUGUUUGUUCUAAAUAAUAAAUAUAAAUAUA